UACGGAGCUAUUUACAGAUUAAAGGAAUACAAGACCUGAACAUUAACAACUCUUCACAUUUUUGCCACAUCCAUUUGGCUCUGUAGUGUCUUUACCCGCCACAGGAUGACGCACUGGUUUCACCGAAACCCAUUGAAAGCAACGGCCCCUGUGUCCUUCAAUCUAUAUGGAGUCGCUGCAAGUCCUGCAGCAAAUAAAAUUUGCAAUGACCUAAGAACAACCAGGGCCAGACUUUUGGACAUGUUCACUGAUCUCACCUGCAAUCCAGAGAUCAUGAAGAAAGCCAGUGACGAUUACUUCUCCCUUCUACAAGGAUUCAUUGCACCGCUGGAUGGUACCACACAAGAGAACAAGCUGCGGUUUAUUCAGAACUUCAGGUGGACAGACACUUUACAAGGAAACACACCGAGUGCCCAGCAAGAUGCUGUUUUUGAGUUGGUGUCCAUGGGAUUUAAUGUUGCCAUCUGGUACACUAAGUUUGCCUCAAGACUGGCUGGAAAGGAAAACAUUACAGAAGAUGAGGCAAAAGAUGUUCACAGGAGCCUAAAAGUGGCUGCUGGGAUAUUUAAACACCUCAAGGACGUUCACAUUCCUCGGCUGAUAACCCCAGCAGAAAAGGGUCGUGACCUAGAGCCUAGGGUCAUUGACACCUACAUUGUGCAGUGCCAAGCAGAGGCCCAAGAAGUGACAAUUGCCAGAGCGAUUGAGUUGAAGCACAAUGCUGCAUUGAUCGCUGCCUUGGCAUACGAGACAGCAAACUUCUAUCAGAAGGCUGACCAUACACUGAACACUUUGGACCCAGAAUACAGCAGUAAGUGGAGGAAGUACCUCCAGCUGAAGCAGUGCUUCUAUAUGGCUUAUGCUUACUGUUACCAUGGACAGACUCUCCUAGCAAGCGACAAGUGUGGGGAGGCCAUUAGAUCUCUGCAGGAGGCAGAAAGAUGUUACUCGCGAGCUGAGGAGCUGUGUAAAGAGUACCGUCAGACCAAGGGCCCCGGCAGCACCGCCAAACCUUCGGAACAGCUCUUCUUCAGGAAGCUGGGCGUUCUCAUCAAAACAACCCUGGAGAAAUGUCAGAGAGAGAAUGGCUUCAUAUAUUUUCACAAGGUGCCUGCAGAAGCACCUACCUUGGAGCUCAAGGCCAGUUAUGGUCUGGCUGAGCCAACAGCCUUUGAGUUUCCUUCAGUCAGUGAGCAGUGCACACCUGAGGUCUAUGCCACAUUUGACCUAACCAGAGGACCCAAAGAUGAGAAGGCAAAGCCCAAGCAGGAGGAAGAGGUGAAGCCAGUGAAAGAGCCAGACCUGAAGCCUCAGAAAGAUACUGGCUGUGUCAUCUCCUAGACACCAGUGGACUCCAGCAUUCAGCCAGUGUAUCCAUACUGUAUUCCUUAUUUCCUUUACCUGCCAAGUAAAACUUCACCCAACCAGUGCACUCCAAACUUAAUGAUAACCCAGUCAUACAACUGGCCCCAAGAAAUAUUACAGUUGCUGAUUUCUGGAUGACUACAGAGGAAACACAAAUAACCGCCGAGAGAGGAGUAAUAGCUAGAAUGAUGUUAACCAUUUUCUGUGGCUGAUUCUCUCAAUUCACUGAAUUACUAAAGUGUACUUUUUUUCUUUUCUUGAAAGGACUCUUUGGUUAGCCUUUGUUUU